UGCUCCCCAGUUCCGAGCGAGCCUCUGCACGAUCGUGACCGAAGAAUUUGUGUCCGUGAAGUUCUAGAUCCAUAUUCACUCACAGUGUUUGAAGAAGGUUUUUCUUACUUUGAGGAAUUACCAGCUCUCAGACUGAAUGCAACUUUUGCUCAAUUAACUACACUGGUAUAAGGGCAUCUUAAAGUAAUUAACCGCUGAAACAAUGGCAAGGCAACAGACAGCCGACAGGAAUAUUCCCCAUUUGCGAGAUAUUUUUGGAUUUGGCAGUAAAUGGGAAAACACACGGAUUCCAGCCGAGGAAAAGGCAGCUGGACACGACAGUGCCGUAUCUGUAGGCUCAACUUCUGGCGAGGAAGAAAGUCCUAAGAACAGCAAAAAGAAAAAGUCCCGUCGUCGCGACAACAGUAAAACUUUGACGGAGAGUGACGUGAAACACUUGGAAAGACAUCUUUCUAUGAAGAAGACAAUACGUAAGAAGAUCAUGCGCGACUUGCAGCAGGCGUUCGUCGAGGAUCCAAAUGAGUUUCGAGUGGACGACAUUCCUCCGGAACAGCUCAAGGCAGAGAUCAAUAUUCAGAGCCUGAGCUUUGGGACACCCUCACAAAAACAGGGACGCACGCGUGGCAAUGCUGAGAACACAUUCUUGGAUAUGCUACGUGCCGGAGGACUUGAAAAGAAUUCAACAGACGGUGACAGAGAUUCUGGACACGGUGGUUCCCCGACGAGGGAGACUUCCAACGUCCAGGAUACCGACGACGAAUCCAGCUAUCCCUACGAUACACCGGUUGCAACACCGUCGAAGAAGAGCGGCAACUUCUGGAGACGUUUCACCAUGAAGAGCCGUAACAAGCGGUAAACCAUUGGGUCGAUUUCCUCGGCGACUCUUCAUCUACCCGAUACACUUAUUUCCAUUUCUGUAAUUGUACCAACUUAGUUAUUCGAGCAGAGCUUGCAACUGUGAUAUAUAUGUGAAAGAAAAAAAAAAAAAAGAAAAACCGUACUGUACCGUGUGAAGAGCAGACAUCCUAACUUUGUUUUUUGAUACCGAUUUUAAGAAGUUUCCAGACUCAAUUGCAGGAACAAAUGGACCAAUAAUAUAACGCUACAAGCUUUUAUACAAAAUAAGAAUGUUCAAGUAAUGAAAUAAAAAUACAAUCACCGCACAUAUCAUGACAAUACUUUUAGAAUCUUUUUUUUAAGAAAACAUUUCACAGGAAGAUCUCUGUAAAUAAAUGUUUUAUAACACUGCAAACGAUAAGGAAACUUCUUGGAGGUUUUUAUAGUCCCGCAAUGUUAUAAGAAAACCUUUUGUGUGUGUACUUAAAUAAUUAAGGAACGCAGCGAACACGUGAGAAACGCAUAGUGUAUAAGAGUAGUUAGUUUGAAUUCUUUUUCUAGCUUUUAAGAUAAGGACGAGGCAAACCAGGUGAAUUACGGUAAUUAAACGAGAUAAUAAGUAUGCACAGCUCUUUCAUCAUACCUGUACAUUGUUAGUGUUAGCUAGUCAACCGAGCAGAUUUUAAAAGAGGAUCGAUCAGACGUUGGUUCUGAAUUUGAUACUGCUAUUUCUCUGUAAAUUAUUUGAUACAUUGCGCAUUUUAUGGCACUUUAAAUAUUUAGGACCAUAUAUUUUGUAUAAAAGUUGCAUUGCCAAAAAGAAGAAAAAGAGAGAAAAAAAAGAUGCAUACAACUAUUUUCUUGGUACUCUUGAAAGCUAAACAAUCAUGUUGAAAACAGGGAACAUUUUUUUGAUACUGUAUGUAAGUCUUCGAUUCUCGGGAAAUCUGAAAAACACGAAUAUUAUAGAGAUUUUGAAACAUUGCGUGCAUUGUAAAGUAUAAUAUUUAUUGUAUAAGAUGUUGGUAUGAAAUUCCAUUGUUCCUACCGUUCUUGGAUACCUUCUCUCCAGAUGCCAAUAGCAUCGAUGCUUAUGCAGAACACGAUCACCAUAAUUAUUAUGAACAAUAAUCAUUAACUUUGGUGUCAACCACAAUGGCUACGUUAACUGUAAAUGUAUCAUACUCAAGGAUCAUAUAGAUGUAAAGGUAGCAGAUAAAUAAAAGUUCUUUUUGAACGUUA